ACCUGGGCAUGAGCACUCUUUGCUAUUCUCUGUCAAGAGAUUUUAUGGGUGUUGUCUGCGAGAAAUAAAUGUGGUGUGUCAGCUGUAAAUAGCGAUAUUUAGAAUUUAAUUAAUGAUCAUCAUUUGUGAAUGUAAAUGAGCGUUGUUAAAAUAUUACAAAAGUGAUGUCUGCGAAAGUUCGAACAAAGCAAGAGAAAAGUGGUGAAAUCGUAGCUUACAGCGAAGCUGCAGUUCGUAACAAUGCCGCAGUUGUCGAGUACUGUAGGAUAUCAAUGGCAGCUUUGUCCGGUAGUACAGCUGGACUUCUCGGAUUGACUGGCCUAUAUGGUUUUGGCUUUUACAUAUUUGCAGUUAUCGGUUUAUGGACAAUGCUGCUUUUGAAAGCUGGAGGACAUUGGAGGAAAUUCUUUAUCAGUAGGCGCAGUCUAUUAACGAAUGGAUUUUUUGGUGGACUAUUUACUUAUGUGUUAUUCUGGACAUUCCUGUAUGGCAUGGUGCACGUUUAUUAAAGUAGAAAUUCAAAGCGAGAUUUUCAACUCCUUUAUUUAUACUUAGGCUGCAAUAUAUUUCAUGUUAUUAAAGCAAAAUGUAUCAUUCAAGUAAUUGUUUCUUUAGUGAUAUCGUUUUCCAUCGGUGAGGAGAACCAUCUCUUCGUUAUUUUCUGUAAAACAAAAGAACUGUACGUGUAAUGAACAAUGAUGAUAAAUAAUUUAUAUGUUUAUUAA